AUGUCAUUCUCUACAAGACAAAUUGGCGCUAAGAACACUAACAACUUCCAAGUCUUCUUAGAAAAGGACAACAAGGUUAUCUCCCCAUUCCACGAUUUGCCUUUAUACGCAGAUGACUCAAAGACUAUCUUGAACAUGGUUGUUGAAAUCCCAAGGUGGUCGAACGCUAAGAUGGAGAUCUCCAAGUCUGCUUACUUCAACUCCAUCCAACAAGACACCAAGAAGGGCAAGCUCCGUUACGUUAGAAACUCAUUCCCAUGGAAGGGUUACAUCUGGAACUAUGGUGCAUUCCCACAAACCUACGAGGACCCAGACAGCGUCCACCCAGAGACCAAGGCAAAGGGUGACGGUGAUCCAAUUGACGUCUGUGAAAUUGGUGAAGCUGUCGGUUACAUUGGACAAGUCAAGCAAGUUAAGGUUUUAGGUACCCUUGCACUUCUUGAUGAAGGUGAAACUGACUGGAAGAUCAUCGUCAUCGACGUCAACGACCCACUCGCUUCAAAGAUCAACGACAUCGAAGACGUCGAGCGUCACCUUCCAGGUCUUCUCCGUGCCACCAACGAAUGGUUCAGAAUCUACAAGAUCCCAGACGGCAAGCCAGAGAACCAAUUCGCUUUCUCCGGUGAAGCUAAGAACAAGAAGUACGCUACUGAGAUCGUACACGAAUGUCACGAAGCAUGGAGAGGUCUUUUGACCGGAAAGGUUAACAAGGAGGGUGUCUCAUGCGCAAACGUCUCGGUUGAAGGAUCACAAGACAAGAUUUCAACCAGUGAUGCUCAAUAUGCACAAAUCCCAGCUCAUGCACCAGAAGCAGAUGGUCCAGUUGACCCAUCCAUUGACAAGUGGUUCUUCAUCUCUGCUGCCUAA